CAGUGUCGGUGGCGCUAGCUGCUCGCUGCCUAACAGAAUCCAACAUGGAGUAACCGGAGAUGGGGCUCGUACGGGGCCAUCCUCACCGAGACGGACGGAGGCGCGAUCUCAACAGCGGCACGACGUUGGCACCGGGAGAGAGCGGGAGCCCGCGCGCCAGCAGAGAAUUCUCCAAGGAAUUUACACUUUUUAUGGACGCGCACUGAAAUAGUGCAGGGAUAACAUGUAGGGCGAAUAAGGGAAGAAGAGGAGGGGGAGAGAGAAAGAGAGAGAGAGAGUGAGCGAGAGACAGACAGACAGAAAGGACAAAAACAAACCUCUUAAGGGAAAUAACGGUUGGGAAAAUCGUGGUUGGCGUUUGGCUUUGCAACACUCGUCUCGGACACGGACGCAGACAAUAUGAGGCCAACAAAAUGUGUGCGUGCGGGUGGAUUUUAUUGUAGGUGAAACGAGAGAAAAAUGACCGAGGAAACACACCCAGACGAUGAUAGCUACAUAGUACGUGUCAAAGCGGUGGUGAUGACUCGGGACGACUCGAGCGGUGGUUGGCUGGCUCAGGAAGGGGGCGGGCUCAGCCGUGUGGGCGUGUGCAAGGUUGCCCCUAACGACCUGGAGCUGCUGGGUCGCCAUGGUUUCCUCAUCUACGGCGAGCGACUCAAAGACAAGCAGGCGAUCCUGGAGUGUUUCCUGAGGAAGGACCUGGAGUACACCAAGGCCACGCCCACGUUCCAUCACUGGAGGGUGGACAACCAGAAGUGCGGCCUGACCUUCCAGAGCCCCGCAGACGCCCGCGCCUUCGACCGCGGAGUCAGGAAGGCCAUGGAGGACAUCACAGAAGGAUCCACAACAUCCUCGUCCACCAUUCAGAAUGAGACAGAGCUGGGAGACGACGACGUCUUCACGAACGCCACGGACAGCUCGUCCAACUCGUCCCAGCGACGCGAGCCCUGUCUGCAGACGCUCGCCCCCAUCACGCUGGGGGAGUCCCGCCGCCACAACUGCAUCCUGGGACACUUCUACGACCAGCACAGACUCUCCGACCACUACUUUGUGGACCAGCCGGUGACCGAGUUCCCUCGCCACGUCAGCUUCCAGCUGGACGAGCCGGAGGAGGAGAUCGUGCGCAUCAACCCGCGCGAGCGCGCCUGGCUCUCCACGGGCUACGAGGACUACCGGCACGCGCACCCGGCGGGUCGCUACGGCAACAAGCCGCUCCACCACCUCCACCACCACCACCCGUCGUCCCUGGCGGCGCUGCGGCCGCUCCACCACCACCACCACCACCACCACCUCCUCCACGACCCCUUCAGCCCCGCGCCCUUCCUGCCCAUCACGGACCCGGACGCUUACGUGCACUUUGACAAGUCGGACCCGCCCAAGCACGACUACACGUACCCGUACCCCGCUGGGGGAGGAGGAGGAGGAGGACCAGGGGUGGGCGGCGGGGGUGGGGGCGGCGGUGGCCGAGGGGUCGGCGUGGUGACCGGGCAGCCCCGCGCGCUUCAGUCCAAGUGGAGGCGCGGCCUCGGCGCCUUCGCCAACUUUGGCGGCCGCUCGUCCUCGUCCUCGUCGUCGACGCCGGCGGUCCGCCACGCGGACGCGAACUCGGCCGGCGGCGUGUCCGGCUCGUCGGUGGCCGUGGGCAUCGCCGGCGGCAUCGUGACGGGCGGCGGCGGCGUCGGUGUCGGCUCCGGGGCGUCGGAGCGCGCCCGCUGCGUCUACUGCCGCGACCUGUUCCGGCGCGAGGACAACCGGCGGGGCCGCUGCUCGGAGGCGCCCGACCCCGUGCGCACCUGCAUCCGCCGCGUCAGCUUCAUGUGGUGCGCCGACAGCCUGCUCUACCACUGCCUGUCGGACCCCGAGGGCGACUACUCGGACCCGUGCUCGUGCGACGCCUCCGAGGAGCGCUUCUGGCUGCGCUGGGCCGCGCUGCUGGGCCUCUCGCUGCUGGCGCCCUGCAUGUGCUGCUACGGCCCGCUGCGCGCCUGCCACCGCUGCGGCGUGGCCCUGCACUGCUGCGGGGGCAAGCACAAGGCCGUGGGGUGAGAGAGAGAGGGGGGGGCAA